AUGGUGAACAGGAGAGUUGUAUUGUGUACUAACGAAGGGACGAAUUCGCAGCAUGUUAACGAUAUCGCAAAAAGCUUCGAUUGCUUGAAAAUUUCAAUAUUGAACAAAGCAUCUCAAAUAUCGGAUAAAUUUGAUAAGGUAACCCUUGGUCCUGAUGCCGUUCCUCAAGAUAAUCAUGAUUCUAAUAGCCCAAACGAUGAUCAGGCACGAAUAAAUAAUUCAUCUUUAAAUGGCUUGUCUUCAAGAAGUAAUAUAACAUUUUCAAUAAAAAAAAUUCUACUAGAGAAUGAAAUACAACGCAGAGAAAAAGUUAAAAAAGCUGUGGAUCGUAAAAAGAAGGAAAUGGAAAAAUCACAGAGGGAAAUAAAGGAGGACUUAUCUCAGUUGCUUUCGAGAAUAGCUAUUCAACGUGAAAAAGAGACGGCGGAAAAAUUGGCUGCCUUGGAGGCUGAAGAGGAACUGCUCGCGCAACAGUUAGAAAUAGAUAGGAAAAAUGAAAAACAAAGGCAAAGGUUAAAGGAGAGCGAUGAAAUAUCAAAAAAAAUUAUUCCAUAUCGAGAGAACUUUCACGCAAAGUGGAAAGAUAUUGCUAAUAUUUCCGUAGCUUGUAGAGAUAAAAAUUCCGCUUCUCGUCUGCUCGCGCCUCACGUAGCUAAACUAAAAGAAUUAAGUUUGCAAAUGGAAUCGAUAAAUGAGAAGACGCGGACCGGCGAUCUUACUGCAGCGGAUAUAAAAAUGGCCGAAAUUCUAGUACAAUACAACGAUGAAGUUUUUCAAUUAUUUAAAGCUGAUAUAGAUAAAAUCGAUGCUUUAUAUAACGAAGAGAUAGCACGAAGAGAAAUGGAAGUGAGACAAGCUGAACUUAAGGCGCAAGAGGAGAUGCUCAGAGCAAAACAGCUACAAGAUGUGGAAAAUUCUGUAAAAGCGUCCGAACAAUUUAUUUACGUUGAACCACAAAAAAUAAAUCACGAACAAGAUAAUCUUGCUGAGCAAAAUCAGCAACCAGCCGAAACAGAUAGUGUUAGCGUAGGAUCGCACCUAUCAGAUUAUUCAAACGUUCCAGUCUCAGUGACUGCAGUGGCUCUAACGAGCGAAGUUGCACCAGUAAAAGAAACAGAUGAAAUCUCCAAAUAUCCUGACUGUGGAUCUUUACAAACUUAUAUAGAUAAUCAUCAAUUUUUAGAAAAUUAUGCUUCGACAUAUCAAGAUUUUAUACGAUCUGAUGCAAUGAAAAAAUUCAAAUUUGAAUGUCAGAAAUGCUUAAAUAUCACGAUCAAUUCAAUUUCGCACACAAGUCGAGAGCAAUUGCUACACAAGUACGAAAAGUUAAGAUUAUUUUUGUCUGGCCCGAGUGUUUCACAAAAUCCGCAGGCUCAGGCCUAUUCUAAAAAUCUCUUGGCUCAAAAAAUAGUGGAUCAAGGUGAUACAACAAUAUCGAGUAAGCCAGAAUUGGCAUUUCCAUUUGCCGCUAUUGCUGUUGCAUUGUGGAACGAUUGGCCAGACUUUGGUGCUCUACUUUUAGCGCGUUUUCGCAAGAAAAGUCCAUUUUUCAUUCCUGUCUUUCUCGUGCCCAAUAAAGACCAAUCGGAGGAUGAAUAUUGCAAAUCACUUGGUUGUAAAUACACUGAUGCUGGAAUACCAGAAAAGCCUGAGCAAUUUUGGAAGAGACUCGGAGGAAUAAUGUAUUUAUAUGCUUCAAUAAUGGUGACGAGGCAGCGACAAGGAAUGAAUAAAUCACAUCCUCACGGGCUUGGAAAUGCUUGGAAAUGGCUUGCCACGACACUCAAUACGGAACCAAGAUGUGAUAUAGCUGAUGUGUGUGCUACUUUAAUCUAUACGAUUCUCGAAGUGACUGGAAAUGAUUUGUGGAAAACAUAUCCAAAUCAGUUUCCAAAAAUGUUGCUUAUACUUAAUAACGUGUACUAUGAGAAAUUAAAGAGCUUUGAUCCUGUUAUUAGCGCUCCCAUUAGUCGAUUGGGUGAACUUUUAACUAAUGCAUUAAAAACGGGUUCGAUAGCACCACCAAAGGGCCAGUUAUCCCCCAAUUUUUGGUAGUAUUUUUGGUAAUAUUUGGACAAUCGUACGAAUAAGGAGGUAUAACGAAAGCAAUUUUGUAUUGAAAUGGAGAGUAAAUUGCACGAACGAAAUUAUGUUCCAAUGUAAAAAUUUAUAACGAAAUGUUAAAUCCUUGAAGAAACGUCAGUGACUCGUAUCGAGUAAUUAAUUUUAACAUACAUGUGUAUACAAUUGGCUAACGAACUUUGGAACGUAAAUUAAUGAAUUUUUAAAAGAUGUUGCUACUCAAAUACACUGAGUAAGUUUAUUAUAAAUAA